AUGGAGUCGGACAGCGAUGAGAAGGCGAGCUCGUCGGAGCCUUCGAACCCGACAUCAGUUUUCAUGGGGAGGUCGUUUCCGGAGGACCUUCUGCUCACUGUGAUGCGCAAGCUCCCGCUCGAGAGCUUGAUGAGGUUCCGUUGCGUGUGCAGACAUUGGAACGAUCUGUUCAUGUCUCGGGAAUUCUCUCUUUCACUUUGGCAGAAAUCUGGGAAGCUGGUUCCGCUGUAUCCGGGUGAUGGAGGUCUCAAUCUUUACGACACCAGCAAUCGUUGCUGGGUGCAGCGCGACCUCAACUUUGGAGAAAAUCAGGGUUCGUUCGUCGAAGAUAAGGGAUAUGAGCUGGUAGCAUCAGGUGGGGGCCUGUUGACCUUUCUUGCCAAGCCCCAUCUGGACUCCAAUUGGCGAGAGCAAUUCCCGACAUUCAUAGUCUCCAACCCUUUGACACGACAGUACCACAGAUUGCCGACUUUGGUCGUCCUUGCCUCACCUUCCCUCAACAUAUCUGAGGUAGGAGAUAUGUUGUGUGGAAUCGACGUAGAUCUGGAAACAGGGUACUACACUUUUUUAUUUCUGGAUCAUCGUUCCACAUACGGAGGAGGGGAAACUUACAUCUAUGACUCCAAAUUGCUCUCAUGGCGGAUCUGUAGUCGAUUGCGUUCAUCCUACAGUAAUCCUUCAUCCAACCGGAAGCAUUGCACGGAUUUUAAUAGAUACCAGCAUCAAUGCGUGACCAAGGAUGGAAAGUUUCACUGGGUGGUGAGUGGAGUGGAAGGGGGCUUUACGGAUUUGGUGUACAUUUACGAUCUCAAGCUUGACAUUUGGAGCCGUUUGGACUUAAGCAUAGAAAUUUCGUGGGCCAUGCUUUUCAGAUGUAUGGAGCACAAUGGUGAAGUCCUGAUUGUUGGACAUGAUGAUAGUGGAUCUAAUUGGCUUCGUUUCUUCGAGAUCGUGGAUCAGAGACUGGAACCCCGGUUUCCAGAACGGCGUUACAUCUCGCGCUUGUCUCUUAGAGAGAAGAAGGCCGAACCCAUGCGCUUGUAUCUUAGAGAGAAGAAGGCGGAACCCAUGCAGUCGGUGGCUGAUAUGGUCGCCCCCUUACUUAAAGAAGGAACAUGGGAAGAAGGUUUGAUAAAAAGGGAAGUAAGGAUCAAGUGGUGCGUGGGAGCCAGGGACGAAGUUAUUUUUCUUUUGCAAGAUUACAUGGAGGAUUAUACUCACGGCGUUCCUCGGCCAUACAAAUCAAAUAUAUCUCGUCCGAUAUUGCGCUACACUGGUGUCGAUGACUCUUGGGCGUGGUUAAGCAACUGGAAGAUUGUGAAAGAAGAUCAUGAUUACCUGCCUAUUUUAUUCCGAGUUUGGACUUACCAACCCUCAUUGGUCAGCCCUGGGUUGAUCGAGAGCAAGAUCAAGCAUCCACAUGGCAUGGCGAAUGUCCACGAGUUUGACUUGUCCUAA